GUUGGAAAAAGCAAGAAGAGCUGGCCUACUAAGCUCGACACUGGCGACCGAGAGAGGCGGAUUACGAUCCCUCAGGAUGGAGGAGGAGAAGGAGAGCGGUAGAACCUUCAGCCACUGGUGGUGGGCUCUGGCGAGCGUCGCCCAAUUGGGUUGGGGCGUGUCAUCGGUCAGAAGAGGCUGCGCCGGGGAAUCACGCCUCAUGCCCUUGAAAGCCUUCGCAGUUGCCUCCCUCUUCGUCGGCGCCGCCGCCUCUGCCUCCGUCUCCGCCCUACAUGCCUCCGGCAUCUACAAGGUGGAAGACCUCCUGGAAGUGGGUGCAAAUAUAAGAAGUGGACUUGGGAUUCGUGCAAGGACACGAAAAGAAUGAGUAUAUUUUUUUUCAUAUGCAUAAAUUGGAAGAUCAUUGUUAUUUUGUAGGCUCUGAAAUUGAAUUUACGGGAAUGAUUUUGGCUUUCUUUCUUUGAAUGUCAUUAUGAAUAUUCUUUAUGAAAACAAAUCCAAUUUUAGAGAUAAAGCAGGUAUCAUGCAUGUGUAAAAACACAUCCAUGCUUACUCUUUUCUA